AUGGAAACCACGAGGCUAUCCUUGCUCUCUCUUCUUCCUUUCCUUCUCCUCGCGAUCGCUGCCGAGGCAACCGGCGGCGAGCUCAGCACGUACAUCGUCCACGUGCAAGCGGAGGAGAACCGCGUGUUUGGCACCCCGGACGACCGGAAGACGUGGUACCACUCGUUCCUCCCGGAACAUGGCCGGCUCGUGCACGCGUACCACCACGUCGCGAGCGGGUUCGCGGCCCGGCUGACGCGGCCGGAGCUGGAGGCGGUGUCCGCCAUGCCCGGGUUCCUCAGCGCGACCCGCGCCCGGACGUACACCACGCUCACGACGCACACGCCCGAGUUCCUCGGGCUGAACCUGGAGCAGGGGCGGCGGAACUACACGUCGGAGUUCGGCGCCGGGGUCAUCGUAGGCGUGAUCGACAGCGGCAUCUUCCCUGACCACCCGUCGUUCAGCGACGAUGGCAUGCCGCCGCCACCGGCCAAGUGGAAGGGGCGCUGCGACUUCAACCGCACCUCGUGCAACAACAAGCUCAUCGGCGCGCGCAACUUCGUCUCCACCCUCAACGACCCGAACGGCACUUCCGCGCGGGUGCCGCCGAUCGAUGACUUUGGGCACGGCACUCACACCGCGAGCACCGCGGCGGGAGCGGUAGUGCCGGGCGCUAACGUGCUUGGCCACGCGUUGGGCACCGCCGCCGGGAUGGCGGCCCGCGCGCACAUCGCCAUGUACAAGGUGUGCGACCUGAACGGAGGGUGCAAGACGUCCGACAUGCUGGCCGGUGUCGACGCGGCCGUGGGCGACGGCUGCGACGUCAUUUCCAUGUCUCUCGCCGGGCCGUCCGUGGCCUUUCACCUAGAUCCUAUGGCCAUCGGGACGUUCGGCGCCAUCGAGAAGGGCAUUUUUCUGGGGAAUGGCGCGUAUUUCCAGGGCGAGUCACUCUACCAGCCAAACGCCGGUGUGCACGGUGCCUUCUACCCGUUGGUGUCCGCCGGCGCGAGCGGGAAGCCACUCGCCGAGUUCUGUGGGAACGGCUCGCUGGACGGCUUCGACGUCAAGGGCAAGAUAGUGCUCUGUGAACUCACGAGAAAUAUCACGGCGAUGAACCAAGGUCAGGUAGUGCUGAGUGCUGGCGGCCUCGGCAUGAUCUUGGCCAACCAGUUUGCCCAAGGCUACGACACGUUAGCCGACGAGAACGUCCUGCCGUCGUCGAGCGUCGACUACCUCGCGAGCGCAGCCAUCAAAUUGUAUCUCAGCUCAACGGCGAACCCGGUGGCGCAUAUCGGCUUCAGGGGUACAGUACUCGGCACGUCACCUGCUCCGUCGAUCGUUUACUUCUCAUCUCGUGGGCCUAGCCGUCAGGGCACCGGCGUUCUGAAGCCCGACAUCACGGGCCCCGGGGUGAACGUGCUCGCCGCAUGGCCGUUUCAGAUCGGGCCACCGUCAGCACCAGUUCUUCCCGGACCGACCUUCAACAUCAUCUCCGGCACGUCCAUGUCGACACCGCACCUCGCCGGCAUUGCGGCGCUGAUCAAGAGCAAGCACCCGGACUGGUCGCCGGCGGCGAUCAAGUCGGCCAUGAUGACGACGGCUGACAUCACCGACCGCUCGGGCAAUCCCAUACUCAAUGAGCAGCGCGUGGCGGCCAACCUCUUCGCCACCGGCGCCGGACACGUAAACCCAAUGAAGGCCGCUGACCCUGGCCUAGUUUACGACAUCACCCCCGAGGAUUACAUCGGCUACCUCUGCAGCAUGUACACGAGCCAGCAAGUGUCGGUGAUCGCGCGCCGGCCGAUCGACUGCUUGACCACCGUCGUGAUCAGUGACCGCCUGCUGAAUUACCCUUCGAUCUCGGUCGCUUUCCCAGCUUCCUGGAAUUCGACUGCGCCCGUCGUCGUCAGGCGCAAGGUGAAAAACGUCGGGGAGGUGCCUUCGGUGUACUACGCGGCGAUCGACAUGCCGAGCAGCGCCGUAAGCGUGGACGUAUACCCGACGGAGCUGGAGUUCAUCGAAGCGAACCAGGAGGUGAUCUUUUCGGUAUACGUGUGGCCGAGGCAGAUUGGUGCAAGGGUGGUGCAGGGUGCUCUACGGUGGGUAUCCGAGAAGCACAUCGUGCGGAGCCCAAUAUCCGUCACCUUUGCUUGA